AUGGUAGAGAACUGGGUGCAGAAGACAAAAAAGAUACUAAAAGUUCUACACUGCACCGAUGAGCAGAAAGUUCUCUAUGUUACAUUUCAGCGGGCAGGAGAAGCUGAGAGGUGGUGGAUGGCUGUGAGUCUGCUUGAGGAGCAGAGAACUGAUUCAUUAGGGAUGUCGUGGGGCCAUUUUAAGAAGGUAUUCUUCGAGAGAUACUUCCCAACCUCCAUCCGUGAUGCAAAGGCAGAUAAAUUCUUGAGUCCGACUCAAGGGACCCUAACAAUGCAGAGUUACAUAGCUAGAUACAUCAAGUUGUCUCGCUUUGUGUCGUGUAUGAUCUUAAAUGAGUAUGAAAAGGCCCGGAGGUUCAAGAAAGGCCUAAGGAAGGUUAUUUGUAAACUAGUGGGAAUGCUGCAGAUUCGGGAGUUUCCUGUUCUGGUGGAUAAAGCCAUCGUGGUUGAGGUUGGUCUCUUGGAGGAUGGGGUGGAAGAUGUUACGGAACUGUCCAGUGAUAAUUCAGGGAAGGCCACUACCGAUGAACCUUGUAGGGUACGAUAUGAUCGUUUUUGA